AUGGGCGUUCGCGUAAGAGAAUCCGGAAGAGAAAAUGGGCGUUCGCGCAAGAGAAUCCGGAAGAGAAAAUGGGCGUUCGCGCAAGAGAAUCCGGAAUGCGGAUUCUCUUACGCGAACGAAGACUUUCUCUUCUGCUUCACAACAAACGCUUCUCGAACAGAGGAAUCCGGCGCAGGCGAGUGCCGGGGGGAGCCAAGCCAAGGUGCCAGAAGGAGCCAAGCCAAGGUCUUAGACGGAGGCGCUUGCUUUGGGGCGCGAGGAGAGGCCUGCGGUCGCCCGGUGCUGGAGGUCAGUGCCGUCUGGGUUUUGGGCAGCAUGGAUGGGGUUGACCUGCUGUCAGGGCUGGAUUGUGACCUUUGGGGCCCUAGGCUGAUGAAGUCACGGGCCCCUCAGAGUAUCUUUGACUCGUGAUAUAUUUUAGCGACAUUUACAUAGCUUGAAGUAGACUCUUUGCAAAUUCUUUAAAUAAACUAGCAUAGCUGUCAUUUGUUUGUCAAUAAAAAUAUUCUUUAAAUACCACUAUUUUACUAUAU